AUGAUUAAUUUUCAUGAUCAAGUGCCGGAAGAGGUUGCUUUCUAUCGAUUGUUUCCAUUUAUUGAUUUUCAUCAAUUAAUAAGAGUGAUUCCUCAUGUAUGCUCGGUUUGGAGACGAUUGAUUAUUGAAAAAUUGCAAACUCUUCAUUUGUAUCCGAAUGUUGAGUUGAAUGACCAAGAACAUACAACCAACAAGCCAUUGACAAAUAUUCAUGAUGAUUUUAAUAAUAAUGUUCAAUUAAAUUUGCUUCCCUUCAUUAGAUAUGUGAUUAAAUUUGUGAAAGCAAAUGGAAUGACAAUUAAACAUUUAUUCAUGAAUGGACAAGUUGGGGAUGUAAUUUGUAGGAAACAAUUUGGAUUUUUGAAGAAUAUACAAGGAAAUAAUGAUAAUGUCUUUAUUGCAAAUAGAUCACAGAGAGAAACUGAAGAGUUCUGUAAGAGGUUGGCUAAUUUUGACAGCUAUUUUCCAAACAGUUUAUCAGAGCCAGCUCUUAGACGGUUGACACUUUCUGAAUCAUCACUGAGUUCAUGCUUUGACAUGCUCAAUGAACUAGUAGAUUCAGAUACGUUUAAAUUACUUGCAGAGGUUUGUAAGGAUGUGCAGAUGGUGUCCUUAUCGAAUAUUUCAGCACAAAGAUACCUGACUGAUUUAAUAUGUAAUGCCAAAAUUGUAGUUGUUGAUAAUUCUCUGGUUGAGUAUUUCAACAAUUCAUGCCACUUCCAUUAUUCGUUUUUUACAGAUGGGUUUGUUCCGUUUGGAAAUUAUUCUUCCGAAUAUACUGAUCUAUUUCCAGUAGACUCUGAAAUUUUCUAUACCUCAUGCAAGAGUAUCAGACUACCAGAUAUGAGCGUCAGAGAUUUUAAUUCAUUAUUUUCCAAAGUUGUCAUAGAUAAGGACCAUGAAUCAGUUGAAAUUAACAUUUAUCCAAAUGAUAUCUAUUCCACAAUUCAAAUGAGCGAAGUUCAAGAAGCACUGGAUAAACUCUGUGACUAUAUUAGAUACAGUCCAAGGCUGAAACGAUUAACAUUGGGAUUUGGAUUCAUCACAUUGUUUGGAAGGUCUUGUGCACUUGAUUUUUCGGGUUUGGGAAGCAGGAUUGAGGAUCUUUAUCUUAGAAAAAUAGGAGAUGCAUGCUCUAAAAUUAAGCUGAAUUCACUUAUUGAAGGAUGUGAAAAUGUGAAAAAUCUGGUAUUGGAAAAUGUAAUAUCAAAAGAUGCACUCCUUGUUAAAAAUGCAUUGUCGAGAUUGUCCAAUCUGACAACAAUUAAGAUUUCAUUUUAUGAACAUAAGAAACAAUAUGAAUCCAGUUACUUUGAAUUAAUUUCCACUCUCUUGAGAAAUAAGAAACUAACCAAAAUACUAUUUGAAUUCCCAUAUAUGGACGUUUUUGAAAAUGAAAGUCUCCUGAUUGCAGUUCUUGAUGAUACAUCGAGAAAGUGUUGGGUUUCAUUGAAGAGAUUACCUUUAAUGUCGCAAGAGACCAUCACCAAACUUAAAACAAUUCCACAAAUCGAUUUCAAAUUCAAACCAAUUAUUGAAAAUGAUAGCUCUCUGCCUGAGAUUGAUUACGACCAAGAUAUUAAUACAAUUAUUGAGCAACGCAAGUCCUUCAAAUUAGCUCUACAAAACUCUAAAGUUAUUUGUCCUGGAUGUUUUAAAACAUUGCCAAGACAUGCCAUUCCUCAGCACUUUAAAGAUUUUCACACCCUUUCUGAUAUUGUCCAUAAGAAGACAGUAAGGACUCUAGCCACUUGUCCAUGUUGUAAAACAGAAUGUACAACACAAGAUUUGGAAGAACAUUUAUUGAACUGUCCAGAACGAAAUUUGAAAAUCAAAAUGCUUGAUAUCAAAAGUAUGAAUGCCUUAACCCAUGUCAUUUCUGGCAUCACUUAUGCUCCAGAUCAUCCCAUUCCAAUCCACUAUCCAGAAUAUUUGGACCAUUACUACUAG